CUAGAGAGAGAGAGAUUCUUUCGUCUUGUUGAAGAACAAACCCGACAUUCAAAAAAGAAAAAAGAGAGACACAAACACUAUACACAGAAAGAAAGAGAAGGUAUAUAUAUAUAUAUAUAGAUAGUAUACAUACUCAUCACCAACACAUGGAGAUUUAUAGAGAGAGAUGUCUCUCACUUUCUUCGUUGUAUUUCACCAUUCUCUCUCUCUCCUCCAAGAUCUUCCAAUCUCCCUUCAUAUCUUGUUUUUUUUUUAUGAUUUUCAAUUUUCAAAAACAAAACUGUUUCCAAGAGCACCGUUAGUUUUCUAUUUUCCCACGAGCUGACAGUGAAUUUUCGUUGUUUUUAGCAAAAUUUUGAUCCGAACGAUGCUCGAGAGAGCUAAUUUACGAUUUGUUUCUAUCUGAAUUUCCUCAAAGAUUUUGUUUUUCUUACUUCCUCUUGCGCCAAUUGCACUAAGCAAUCCUCGGGGUUUGUGAUUUUGUGUUCCGAUUGGUUUUUAAAUUUUUUAGGGUUUGAUUGGAUCGGAUCCUCGAAUUGGACUUUGAUUUGGUUUUAUUACUACUAGGAUCGUCCCUCGGAGGUUAAAGACUUGUCGGGGAUUGUUGGAUUGUAACGGAAUAAAGUGAAAUCUGUCGGGAAUUUUGUUCACAUUCUGUCGGAAAGAGGUUGUCGGCUGGCUAUAAGGUGCUUUGAGAUGCUCAUAUCUUAAUCUGAUGGGCUAUUGGGUGAUGGUAAAGAAAGUUUGGGAGCUUUUAAAGUGAGAUUUUGUUGGAUAUGGUGGGCUGGAUCAUAGUCUCUGAUCUGGUUAGGUGCCACUGGGAUAAAAGAUCUAGAAAGUAACUGAAGUGGUUUAAAGUAUACCACUUUAAGGGAACUUGAGAGAGGGGAUAAAAGUGCCAAUGUCUCGUUGCUUCCCGUUUCCACCACCAGGAUAUGAGAAGAAGAAGAUUAGAACCGAGGAGGCUGACUCUUUAGUAAAGGAAAAGCAAAAGAAGGAGAAGAAGCACAAAAAGGAGAAGAAGGAUAAAGAAACAAGCAAAGAUAGAUAUAAGGAAGGGAAGGAGAGAAAAGAGAAACAUAGAGAUAAGAAAGACAAAGAAAAGAGCACGACUUCUCAGGACAAAAAUAAUGGUAAUGAGGAGUCUAAGUUUGUACAGGACCUGGCAAGAAGGAUUAGCAAUGAAGAAGAAGAAGCUAGAGAGAGUCAAAGUGUGGGGAAGAGUAGUUUUCCCUGUGGAGUUACAGAGAAUUUUCCCAUGGGAAAAAGGUCUGAAAGUGCGGUUGGUCGAGUAUCCUCUUGGAGAGAUCCGAAAGGAACUGAGAUUAUGGUUCAACCAGUGGGGAAAAAAGAGCUACAAGAGCUGAAUCACCUCAAGCAAAGUGUGACUAAGGGUGAUAAGUCAUUGGAUAGCGAAGAGAGAAAGAAAAGUGAACCAAAGUACACAAGUCAAGAGAACAAAGAAGAGAACACAGAGGCGAUCAACAAAAGUAAACUCAAAUAUGUAGAUAAUAGGAAUAUUGGCAAACGGAAGGAUCAUGAGAGGAACGGAUUCUUAUAUGAGAAUGGAUCUAGGCUAAACAAGAUACAUAAGCCAGUUGCUUCACCAGUGUCAUCCGUAGAGAACGGAAGAAACUUGGGAGCAUAUCAAACUCCUCCGAAGCCUGUUACUGAGUUGCAAGAAACAGUGUGUAAUCCAGAGGUCAAUGAGCAUAGAGUAAACGGUUUCAUUGAUCCUCAAAAACACAAAAGCCACUGUUCAGCUAUUUCAAACGGUGAGGCAUCAGCGAAAAAGCGGCCUCACUCAGACUUGAAGUAUUUGGAUCAGAUACUGAAUGUACCCAAAAGGGAGGAGUUGCAUGAGUUUGAUGUAAGUGAAGAACAAGAGUGGCUACUUGGUCAGUCUAGUGUGAGAUUAUCAAAGAAGCCAAAAAAAGUUUCUAGUACUUUGUUGGAUGAGACUCUGCAAGUCUGGAACCAGGCUCUUAGUAUAGAAGCUUCUGAUACUGUAGCUCUUCCAUAUGUUGUUCCGUUCUAGUGGUAGAUUAGAGAAGUAGUUAGAAAAUCUUUAUAUGGGUGGAAGAAACAGAUGAAGCUAUCCGCUGAUCAAAAUCUAAAGGUCAAAGGAUUGCAUGGAAUCAAGUGGAAGUAUGAAUUGUCUGAUGUUUGGAGUUAAUACUGGAGGCAAAACGAUCCUUUGAUCCUGGUGGAACUCUUGGUCAAGCAGUUGGGUUACAGGAACAUCAUGUGGGUGUUAUAGUCAUGAUGAAAUCACAGAGGUCGCACGCACUGGAGUAAUUAACAAGAAGUCAUGUCUUAGACUUUGAGGUCUCAAGUACUGGUAAAGUGUGAUAAGAGGAGCUUACUCAAUGGUUUGAGUAUUCCAGCAAUGAUAAGUAUGGAGGCAGUGAUAACACUGCAGAAGAAACCUGUCAGCUGGAUCAUGGAAGCAGUCAUAAAUUCUAGUAAACUCUUGGUUGUUUGUAAUCACCAAGUUAUAGCAGAUGGGAAUGGUUUCAAAUAUCAGUUUUCUCGUUUAUUCCUUGAGGACACAGUGAGUAUAGAGGGGGGGAAAACUGAUAAGGUCAGAGUACAGUGUUCUGAAGUAGAAACAGAGUAUUGCAGGAAGAGUGACAAAGGAGGAGAAGAUGCAAAUGGCUUAAAGCUACAUAAAGAAGAGUGAUGCAAAGACUCUAGUUGAAAAAGUUGGAUAAAAUCGUGCAAACGGUCCAACUUGUGGGUUAUCCUCGUUUGUGGAGCCUUCAAUUUUUCUAAAAUCGUUUAUUUACAUACAUAUAUAUAUAUAUAUAUAUAUAUAUAUAUUCAUAUAGUUAUAUAUAAAAUAUAAAUGUAAAUGUAAAACAAAAGAUCCAAAGUUAAAUUAUUAGUAUAUAGUCGACAAAAAAAAUAUUAGUAUAUAGAAAUUUAAUAGAUUUUUGCUAUUAUGAUGAAUAAAAUAAUAAUAAUAACAAAAUGUUUUUUUUCA